AUGUCUACCGAACAAGAUUUUCAAGACAAGCUCAAAGCAUGCUGCAAAAUGUGUGUCGUGUACCUCGAGGACUUGAAAAAGGACCGAGAAGUUGACAUGUCAGAUUUCAACACAGUGUCAUUUCAAGAGACAAUGGCUAAUCUCGGAAAGAUUCUCUCACACAAUGCCACAAAAUUUACUUUAUCCUGCAAGCCUCCUCGUCAACCCAAAGAUUCGAUCCACAUGAUCAGCGAAGUGAGCAAUACAGUGUAUCGUAUUGUUGGAUUCUACAACACUGUGCCCAACCGCAGCGGUAAAAUGUACAAGGCAGCUUAUCGAUCCAUCACUCGCGACUUGUUACAUGGUAUCAUCAGUCUGUGCACCAGCUUCAUGUCUGAGGAGAACAAAAAGGAACAUCAAAUGUCGUACAUGGUACCUACUGCUGCUCUCUGGGAAUCUUGCAGCGACAUGAAGAAACUGCCUAAAACCAACAAGGAGGCUGUUUUGGCUGCAUGGGCUCAUUUGCAGGCUACAUUGAAAGAUGCCAAAUCUGAGGUGCAUGAAAUCACAUCUGGACAAGACAAAUCCGAGGGCUUUGACGACAACGAAGAAGAGGAUGAGGAGACUGAACUCAGUGAAGAGGAAAUGGAGAUUGCCAAGCAAUGCGCUAAAUUAGUCGAUAUGGCUGUUUUUGUGAUGCAAAAGAUUGAGCGUCGCUGUAUCCGUGAGGCUGAACAACCCUCAACACAAUGGCUGGACGACAUGUACGACAGUGCUCAGACAUUGGUGGAUGAAACCGACAUGCUGGUCUCUCAGAUUUACGACGAGGAUGCAGUGACCAUGCGAGAAGCUGUUUCCAAGUACAUUCAACAAUCCAAGGCAGUAGUCCAGCUUGCCAAACAGCAGGCAGAUGAAGAACAUGCUGCAUGGUUUGCUAUGUGCGAGAAUAAAUACGAUGCCAUGUAA